CAGGGCGAAGCAGGAUUUGUAUUGUUCUUUCCUUCACUUCCUAAUAGACUGCCCAACAGUGCAGGAAAAACCCACAACCACAGUGAUGAACAAGACAUCACAUGCGGCAGCAUCUCUAACAAGACACCUGCAACUGCUUAGAAACGAAACGCUGGAGUAUUUUAUAUAUAAGUUACUCAACACUCGGGAUUUGUUUGUUUUCACACGUGCACCAACUUAACGCUCGCUGACCGCUUCGUGUACCAUCAAGAUAUACAGGUAGCCUGGCUCAAAUAGGAAUAUGGCCGACACAGAGAACAAGGAGAAAACGUCAAUCACAGAAAAGUUUAACGACAAUUUGGAUGAAAACUCCGGCGAAAAUCAUUCUUUUUUGGGAGUAUUCCGAGGCAGAAAUGUUGACGAGCCUUACACUCACUAUAUGAAGAAGAAAACGUUUGCGCAGGGGCUGUUAGACAAGGCUUUGCUCGCAGCUAAUGCCAGUCAGUUAAAGGUGGUAUGGCAGUUGAAAGGCCAGGAGCCGUUCUUUGAAUUACAAGUUUCCAUGCUGAUCGGAUCUAUUAUUUUACAGUUGAUAGUGGCACUUCUCCUUUGGUACGAGACGAUGACAAACCUGCACGACCCACCAAAUCGACUCAACUACGAACACAGAGAUGAGUACGAAGUGGCAUUACGUGACUGGUGGAACAAUAACGGACAGAGAAACCGAGCGCGGCACGUCGGCAGCACAAUAUCCACACUCUUCAUUAUUGUUAUUUUGUUUAUGAAUAUCAUCAUUGCUGUCUUUGGAGUGAACAUUCCUCCAGCCGAAAAACACUUUAAUGGCAACAUACCCAUUAAUGAAUCAUUAGAGCGAAACUAGCUAAUGGCACUGUUUUCAGUCUAUAUUUGUUUCAGUUUUUUUUAUCUAAAAAUGAGAGGAGCGGGUGGGUGAUAAAAACGUCCCGGACUUAUGACUUUCAUCUAUAUAAUUAUAAUUCAGUGAAAUGACACUGUAUACUACUUUAUGAUGUUGCCUCUAGCUCAUAAAAGAUCCUAGUUUCAUUCACACUGAAGAAAAAAAGUACAAAUAUUUCCUCUUGUAUAGAACAAAAUGCUCGUAGAGGUAGAGCUGUAUUGGAUGUUGGGUCAUACUGUCCUUCUUUCUCGAUCUUCGUCACCUCAAGGAGUAACUCCUUGGUCACCUAAGCCAAUUACUUUAGGCAUCUUGGUGUAAAAUGACUCAAUAUCAUGUUCUGUUCCACCGAGUGGACG